GAGAGCGGGCACCUUGUCUGCCGCACGGGCCCGGAUACUUAGGGCGCUGAACACUGUCCCAUUUCUCGGCAGGGCGAGAGCCAGACCAACACCUUUGUAUCACAGGAAGGGACACUGGGUGCAGGGAGCCCGGCCGACUGAGCUCGUGGCGGCGCUGGGGAAGGCGCACCCAGACCUCCCGGGCAGCGGACGCCCUGGGAAUGACGGCGAGGUCCCCGCUAACAGCUGGUGCUCGGGACGGGGCACGGGGACACAGAACCUGCUGACAUGGCUGAACAUGGGACUGAUGAGCCGUCCUCCAGGACAGGGAGUCCUGAUGGAGAAGGUCAGGUCUUGGAGGACAGAUCGUUGCUGCAUCAGAGGUUGGCUGUCAGGGAGCUCAUUGACACUGAGGUCUCCUACCUGCACAUGCUCCAGCUCUGUGCCUCGGACAUCAGGAGCCGCCUGCAGCAGCUGCCCCAGGGAGAUCUGGAUGUCCUGUUCUCAAACAUUGAUGAUGUCAUCGAGGUGAAUAACAGAUUUCUUCAUGAUCUGCAAGAGACAGAAUCCAGGGAAGAGGAACAAGUGCACUUAAUUGGUAACUUAUUCCUGAAAUUCCAAGAGGAGUUGGAACAAGUCUACAAGGUCUACUGUGCCAGCUACGACCAGGCCUUGCUGCUGGUGGAGGCCUACCGGAAGGAGCCAGAGCUGCAGCGACAGAUCCAGGGCAUCAUUGAAACAGUGGUGCCACAAGCUGGGCCCUCAGGCCUCAGUUUCUUACUGGUAAUCCCUCUGCAGAGGAUUACCAAGUACCCAUUGCUGCUGCAGAAAAUCCUGGAGAACACAGUCCCUGACGCCAGUGCCUACCCUGUACUUCAGAGGGCUGCCUCUGCCCUCCAGGACGUGAACACCAACAUCAAUGAGUACAAGAGGCGCAAGGAAGUGGCCUCCAAGUACACCAAAGUGGAGCAGCUGACCCUCCGGGAGCGGCUGGCCCGCCUCAACACACACACCCUCUCCAAGAAGACCACUCGGCUGAGCCAGCUGCUGAAGCAGGAAGCAGGGCUCGUGCCCAAGACAGAAGACAAGGAAUUUGAUGAUUUAGAAGAGAGGUUCCAUUGGGUGUCGCUGUGUGUGACGGAGAUGAAGAACAAUAUGGCUGUCUACCUGGAUAAUCUGGAGGCUUUCCUCCGUUUCAGGCCCCAGGAAUACGAUCUGGACAUCCCUGGGGGGCCUGUGGUACAGUACUGCAGCCUGAUGAGAGAACUCCAGCUGCAGGCCUUCCCACAGUUCAAGCAGCGGCUGGAAGGCCUGGUGUGGCAGCCAUUGUGCAGCCUGGCUAAAGCCCUGGCUGGCCCUCAGAACCUGAUCAAGAAGCGUCUGGACAAACUACUGGACUUCGAGAGGGUGGAAGAGAAGCUGUUGGAGGCGGGCAGCGUGACAUACGAGGAGCAGGAGGCCCGGCACACGUACCAGGCCCUCAACUCCCUCUUAGUGGCUGAGCUACCACAGCUUAACCAGCUGGCCAUGCACUGGCUGGGCCAGAUCCUGUGCACGUUCGUGGGCCUCCAGCGGGACCUUGCAAAGCACGUGCUGCAGAGGGCAGAGGGCAGCUUGGCCCAGCUGCCCCACUCCCACAUCUCGGAGCCAGCCUUCAGGAAGCUGGUAGAGGACACGCUGGGCCAGACUGGUCACCAGCUUCGCUCCUUUCGAAAGAACUUGGACAAAGUGCUGCCGCCUCCCGCCACCCAACCACUCCUUCCAGGUGCCGAACGCCAGGUGCAGGCUCUCCUGAGCAGGUAUGGCCCCGAAAAGCUGUACCAGGUGACGAGCAACAUCAGCGGAGCUGGGACUCUGGACCUGACACUGCCACGGGGCCAAAUUGUGGCUCUCCUUCAAAACAAGGACACAAAAGGCAACAGCAGCCGCUGGCUAGUGGACACUGGGGGACAUCGAGGGUACGUACCAGCUGGGAAACUGGAGCUAUACCGUGUCACCCCCAGUCAGGAGGAGGUCCGAGGGCAAGAAUGGCCUCACAAGGACUCCCGUCACCUGACACCAGAGCCCACCCCAGCCCCAGUCUCCUCUGUCCCAGUGGUGACCCAGGUGGUGGCGGUGUACCCCUUUGUGGCCAGAAGCAGCCAUGAAGUGAGUCUGCAGGCGGGCCAGCUGGUGACAGUCCUGGAGGCCCAGGACAAGAAAGGGAACCCGGAAUGGAGCCUCGUGGAAGUGAACGGGCAGAGGGGAUAUGUGCCUUCCAGCUUCCUGGCCAGGGCCCCGAGCCCAGCCCCCUGGGGCUGGAGCCUGCCCUCUUAGGAUGUCCUGCCUGGAGCCCCGUGCUGCUAAGGGAUGGAGGAGGCUUAGAUGCUGUGAGCCGGCCAGGGAAAGGAAGCAAAGAGGAGGCAGGGGUGGAGGGGGAGAUGCGGCCAAGGGAGAGUGAAGGGCAGCCAGAGGAGGUGGUGGGUCUUGCAAGAGCGCCUGGCAGGGGGGAGCAUGAAAGGCUCUGGCCAGAACCACUUGUUAGGUCUGCAGAAGUGGUUCCCAUCAGAAGUCACGACAGCCUGGAUGGCAGGUCCGGUUGAUACAGACUUGCUGUAGCUUAUGACCAGUCUUGCCUGUGCUUUCACUUCAUCCAGCCCUGGCCCCAGGUUUGGGCCACCCAGGUGAAUAUUACCUGUGUGCGAUGGGGUGGUGCAGGCAGCAAGGGCAGGGGGCACACUGGAGGAGUCCUGAACUGCCUAGCCUGACAGUUCACAUCCUCCAUGUGGCAUCAGGAGACAGCACAGCCGACUCACCCUGGGAGCUGAGUCACCCUGGGCGGUGAACCCCCUCGGAGCCCUCCCUAGCAGGGGAGCAAGGGCUUGUGGAAAGGUUCUCAGGAGAUUCUUGGCUCAGCCCUGGGACAGGUGUGGCCAGGUCACAGUUCUGGAAUAUGUUUAGGCAAAUCCAGAGGCUGUCCCAGGGAAGGGGAGAUUUUGAGGGUGUGUCCCAUGGGGCGUGUGAGGCUGUUGUACACCACUGCUAUUGUGUUCCUUGGACUAGAGAACAGGGCAUGCAAAUCACUUAGGCAACUCUGUGCAGCAGGUGAGCAAAAGCCCGGUAGGUGGGGGAGCACAAGUGAUGGCUUGCUUUCCUGUUGGAAGUCAGGAGGCAGGGGGAACCCCUGGUGGUUUCAGGGCCUGGAGGCAGCAGUGACUGUGCUGUCAGUUGGUUGUAGGGCCUUAGACAUAUAGGACACAACCUGAUCUCAGUUUUCCCAUCCACAAAGACCUAAUACAUAGGGUUGUGGUGAGAAUGGCCUGAGGCUAAGGACGGGAAGCUCAUUGUACACUGUGAAGUGCAAUAUAAAUGUAAAUGGCCAUUGGUAGCAGGAACGCACCCCCUCAAAGUGGUCUCAGAGUGGCCCCAGCAGCAGGUGGCCCAGCUGCACACAGAAGCCCGCAUGUGGUCGCGGCCCUGCCCCCGGCUGGGUCAAGCACUGGGAAUCAGCCUGGCGUCCUUCGGCUCAGCCCAGGGGCUGCCUCAGGAUCCUUCCACACUGCGGUCCAGGUGGCCAGUCUUCAGAACUUGGUGAGAUCAAUCCACUGUCAUCCCUUUCUAAGGACCUGGAAAUGGAAAAACAGUUCCUGUUCAAGGCAGACCGACCCGUUGGGAGUUGAAUCUCUUCAACCCCCCUGCUGAAUCAUCACUGCUCAGUUGUCACUUGGGCUAAGGUACAUCUCAAGGUUCACAGCAGAGGGAAAAGGUGGUCGGACCUGAUCUUUAAUACAAAUUCUACAUUUUGGAACCGACCCAGGUUAGAGAGUGGGGGCAAAAACCGGUGGCAGUUUAGACGUACUUCCAAGAACAUCUCCGUGGUACUGUAACUAGUGCCUAAAGCCAGCAGCUCUGGUUUUUGGAGGGCUUUUAUUAAAUACAUAUGUGCCUGUGUGAGAGUCCGCACCUUGCUCCUCGGCUUGUGAAACAGGAAGAUGCUAGCGCAAGAGAAGCUCAGUCCCCGCCGGCCCUCUCCUGGCACUGGAUUCACUCUGUGAGACGCUCGUACCUCAUUUUCCUUUCUCUUUCCUGCUCAUAUUUCUAAUACAAAUAGGAAGCACAGGAGAGCAGAUAAUGAGAUAAGCAGUCUAUUUGUGGGUUCCUGAGCUUACUGAGAAUCUCCUGUGUGCUAGAACCCCAGCUCAGGCUUCUCAACUUGGCUGCUUGCGGUACCUGGGCAGCUGCAGCUGUGGCUGAGGCUGGGAUCCCCCCACCCCGCACCCAGAGAUUCCAGUGGAGUUGGUCUGGUGUGUGGCCAGGGCCUCAGGCACUCAGGAAGCCUUCCCAGAUACCCCUGGGGUGUCGCUGGGACUGGGGACCUCCCCACUUAGACCCGCAGUAGUGGACCAGACAGGCCUGUGGUCAGAAGUGGCCACCCGUGGUAAGCUAGGGUGCACCCCCACCUGAGUUCUGUCCUAGCUCCGUGGUUUCGAAUGGAGUGGUUUGGAAGAGGACAGCCUGUUUUGUCAGGCCCCAGAAUGUAUAUUUAUGAAGUGCCAUUAAGAGGGACCUGAACAAAACUGGAUGUUCUUGAAGGCAGGGGAGAAACCUGGAACACACUCGGAAGCAGAUCUAUAUUGGGGGGGGGGGGAUGAAAGUGUAUUCAGUAGCACACGGGCUGUGGUUUCUGGUAGACCAGGGAAGGAGGGCCAGGGUCACGGACGGCUGAGAAAAUGCAUGUGGAGAAGGAGAGAAUGGCCUGGAUUUUCUCCAAGGCCUGUGUGUAACGUGCCUUUGCCCGCCAGAUGCCUAGAACCAUUGCACUGUCUUACUGCACUGUGGGGCCGUCACAUACUAAGCUUGCUCAAGUAUUUGCCUGUGAACCAAACAAGACUAAUCCACGAGGGUGGCCCUGGCUCCCUGCAACAGAGUGCGACCUCUUUAACCCUUUGGGCCCAAACCCAGUUUUGACCAUGAGGACAAGAUUACAAUAUGGAAGAAAGAUGAACGAACUCCUGCUUACUAUGAGGAGCUCUAGCUUGGUGAAUCAGUGACGUGAACUGCUGAGAAUAAAGGGCUUGAACGAUGAAAAUGUCUCUGGAGUUUG